GCUUAUUGCCGCCAUCGAACGGCUCUGUCCAUUCUGCUUCCUUCCCUUCCCAAACUGAUCCAUUCUCUCUGCAAUUUUCGAUUCUCCCUUCAAUCAACCUCAUCUUCAAUUCCCAUUCAACCCGAACCGCCGCACCGGCCGACGCUUAUCUACAUUAUACAGGAGGGAGGAGGAAGCUAGUUAUAUAUAUAUUGAGUAUCCGAAAUGGCGGAUCUUCUAGAAAUCUUGACGUCAGCAGGUAUUAACCUGGCGACAGCAUUGGGGUUCCUUGUGGCGUUUGCUUUGCUGCGGCUUCAGCCCAUCAACGACAGAGUCUACUUCCCGAAAUGGUACCGAAAAGGGAUCAGAGGGAGCCCGACGAGCUCCGGGACCUUUGCCAAGAGGUUUGUCAACUUGGAUGCCAUGACCUACAUCAAGUUUCUGAAUUGGAUGCCUGCAGCACUGAGGAUGCCGGAGCCUGAGCUCAUUGAUCACGCCGGGCUAGACUCUGCUGCCUACAUUCGGAUUUAUGUACUUGGCUUGAAGAUAUUCUUCCCCAUAACUGUUCUUUCACUUGCGGUUUUGAUUCCUCUCAAUUACACGAACGACACGCUGGAAAAAUUCAAGGAAGUAGAAUACAGCGACAUUGAUAAAAUCUCGAUAUCCAAUGUCCCUAAUGCAUCUCUUAAGUUCAUUGGACAUCUCAUAUUGUCUUAUGUCUUCUCAAUUUGGACGUGCUUUGUUUUAUACCACGAGUACAAGACAGUGGCUACUAAAAGGCUUCAAUUUUUAGCAUCUCAAAAACGCCGUCCAGAUCAAUUUUCGGUUCUUGUGAGGAAUGUACCGCCAGAUCCUGAUGAAUCAGUCAGUGAGCAUAUCGAACACUUCUUUUGCGUAAACCAUCCCAAUGACUAUCUUACACAUCAAGUUGUAUAUAAUACAAAUAAACUUGCAAAGUUGGUUGCACGGAAGAAGAGUUUGAAAAAUAGGUUUGUGUACUACCAAAAUAAGUAUGAGAGAAAUCCAGAUAAAUCAAGGCCUACUACAAAGACAGGUUUCUUGGGCCUGUUGGGAGACAAAGUGGACGCAAUUGAUUACUACACAACUGAGAUUGAAAAGUUGAGCGAAGAAGAGAAAAAAGAAAGAGAAAGAGUUGCGAGUGAUCCUGAAGCCAUAAUGCCAGCAGCAUUUGUUUCAUUCAAAUCGCGAUGGGGAGCAGCUGUAUGUGCUCAAACUCAGCAAUCAAGUAAUGCUACCAUCUGGUUGACAGAAUGGGCUCCUGAGCCACGUGACAUCUAUUGGAGAAAUCUUUCAAUUCCAUACGUUGAGCUCAAUGUGCGGAAACUGCUCAUGGCUGUUGCUUUCUUUGUUCUCAUUUCCUUUUUUAUGAUUCCAAUAGCAUUGGUCCAAACUCUAGCCAACAUUGACAAUCUUAAGAAGGCCCUUCCUUUCUUGGAGCCAAUAAUAGAGAAGCAGCAAGUUAAGUCUGUCAUCCAAGGAUUUCUUCCAGGAAUUGCAUUGAAGAUAUUCCUUGCUAUACUUCCUAUGAUUCUAAUGCUCAUGUCAAAAAUAGAGGGUUAUACAUCACUCUCAUCUCUGGAUAGGAGAUCUGCUGCGAAGUAUUAUUUAUUCAUCCUUAUCAACAUGUUUCUGGGAAAUAUUGUUGCAGGAACAGCAUUUGAGCAGCUUGAGGAAUUUACUAGCCAGGCCUCAUCAGAAUAUUUAAAAACUAUUGGGAGGACCAUGCCAAUGAAAGGCACAUUCUUCAUCACUUAUAUAAUGGUUGAUGGUUGGAGUGGAAUUGCUGCAGAAAUCAUCAGAUUGGUUCCGCUAGCUCUAUACCACUUCAAAAACACAUUUUUGGUUAAGACAGAAGAAGAUAGGGAGGAAGCAAUGAAUCCUGGUUCCUUGGCAUUUGCUACAAAUGAACCUAGAAUACAGUUCUAUAUGUUGCUGGGGCUUGUAUAUUCUGUUGUCACUCCUUUACUUCUUCCAUUUAUUCUUAUCUUCUUUGCUUUUGCCUACGUGGUUUUCCGUCACCAGAUUAUUAAUGUCUAUGAUCAGAAAUAUGAGAGUGGUGCAGCCUUCUGGCCGCGUGUGCAUAUGCGUGUAAUUAUUGGCCUAAUCGUAUCCCAAGUCCUUGUAAUUGGACUAUUUAGCACAUUAGAUGUGCAGUAUUCAACAUAUAUUCUCAUUCCACAACCUAUUUUGACAUUCUGGUUCUAUAGAGUCUGCAAGGGUCGUUUCGAACCAGCAUUCGUGACAUUUCCUUUACAGGAUGCAAUGGUAAAGGAUACAGUUGAACGAGCUACUGAACCAACCUUGAAUUUGUUGGCCUAUCUUAGGGAUGCUUAUGUACAUCCUGACUUCAAGGGAGGGGAGAUGUACAAACCCGAAGCCAUUGACGAAGAAGAGAGAAAUCCUCUUGUUCCUACAAAGAGAACAUCUCAAAUGGCAUCUCAAACUGGUAGUAAACACGAGUCUGAAGGCUCUGAAGGACCUUUUUUGAAAUCUUAGGAAACCCCUUCUUUUAGUCUAUACCUUUAAAUGUUAGUGUUCUGUUUUCUACAUGUUCUCGUAUAGUUGCACCAAGAUCACAUCAUAUUGACAUAUUCCUCCUCUUGUCUAUAAUAGGAAAUAUAAUGUACUCGAAAA